AAUAUUAAUUAGCAUAAUUAAACUCAUAAUUAAUUAAUCAUACACUACUAAGUACUAAUACAACCUACAAUAUAUGAUCUAAUUAACUAACAUAUCUGAGUGGAGGCCGGAGGGCCUCCCAGCACACCCUCUUGGCCGGUCCAACCCUUAUGUUACAAAUCUUUUUGAGCACAUGGUAUGGUUGUCCUUUGCAAAUUAAAACCCAUGAAUUGACUUUUUUGAGAGUAGGAAUGGCAAUGAGUCUGGUCGGGGACGGAUAGUGCAUAUCCAUUACCCUAUCCAAAGUAAUUUGGGUUUUACCCAUACCCAUACCCACAUGUAAAAUGAGUAGAAAAUCAAAACCAUGUCAAUACUUGUUCGGGUUUCGGAUAUCCACGGUUAUACAUGGGUAAUAAUUUCUCUUCAUAACUCCAACCAAUAUGUUAACAUUCAUACGUAUUCUCACAUUACGUAAGAGGAAAAGUACGACAAUAAUUCACCAGAAUAAAGAAAAUUAAAUUAAAACAACACAAUUUCAUGAAAAUAUUAUAUUUAUAUGCUAAAUAUAAAAUAUGUUAGAGAAAAAUAAUGAUUAUUCCUAGACAAAAUACACGUGCAUGUAUAUAAUCGGGCGGGUUCGGAUUGGAUAGUGAGAAACUCAUGCCCACCCAUUACCCGCAAUAUUCGGUUUCGGGUUUUACCCAUACCCACUAAAGUCUUUCAGGUUCGAAUUUUACCCUACCCGAUUAUGCCGGAUUCGGGCAGAUAUCCACGGUUACAGAUAUUUUUACCAUCCCUAUUUGAGAGCAUGUAAAGAAAUAAGAAAACAUUCAUUCUUAAUUUUCUCUCAACAACUCGAAAUUAUUGAGCAUAAUUAUUUUUUGACAUGAAAGUAGUGACUUUGACCAAAAGGAAUCGGAUUUGCAUCUUGAUUACUCCCAAUAUUAAUGGUUAUUUAAAACAUAUAAAUACAAAUUUUUUCAACCCAACUUUCAUUUGCGGGAUAUUCAGGACCUGAGAUUUGCCAUCUUUGAAAGAUUUCCCUUCGUAACGAAGAAGAAAUAUUUUCCAAUUUUUAUGAAAACUAAUAAUAAUUGGAUUUGGGCAAACGGCCCCCUUACUUGAUUCUAACUGGAUUACGCAGUAGUACCCUCUACCCCCGGUCUAUAAUCCGCGGGUCCUGCCUGAGGGAGGGGAAAUAAAGGUCUCUGCUGUCAUCUGCCCAGGGGAAGGUCGGUGGUGCGAGGAUAAACUUCAACAAUGGUUUGAUCCUCCGACAUGCCAGGCUAUUCUGGCAAUGCCCUUACCACGGCGAAACGUCGAAGAUCGACUGAUCUGGCAUGCUACUCUUGAUGGUCUCUUCUCUGUUAAGUCGGCUUAUCACUUGGCAGUUCGUCUAGAUCAGUUGAAUGAGCGGUGGCGGGCGCAGGUUAGUUGGAUGGACAAAGCUAGUUGGAUCCGACUUUGGGAUGCCAACAUUCCUCCAAAAUUGAAGAUAUUUGCCUGGCAACUCUUGAGCAGAAUUCUGCCGACCUCUGAGGCGCUAAUCGAGCGGAAAAUUGAAGUCCUUCCCCAGUGUUCUGUGUGUUGGGCUCCAUCGGAAACGAUGGAGCACCUUUUCCUUGAUUGCCCAGUGGCCAGGGCUUUGUGGACUCAGUCUGGUCUAGAUCAUCUUGGUGAAGGAUUGCCCCGACAUACAUUCCCUCUUUUCCUGAAGAAGUUGCUGGCUAUCUUGCAGAAACCCUCACAGUUCAUGGGAGUAAUUGCUAUCCUAUGGAGGAUUUGGCGAUCUCGGAAUUGGGUGGUCUUUGAAGGGAAACAGUUUGGUAUCCUUGCUCUGAUGAGGCAGUAUCACCAACAGGUAGGGGAAUGGUUGAGCUUACCUAAUGAUCCCCGACAUCCCUCUCUGUCUCCUCCUAGCACUAGUACAGUGGGUUUAGGGGGGGGGGGGGAGCCUGUGUGUCGUUGGGAUGGAGCAGUCCGUUCAGGGUCUCACUCUGCGGGAGGAUUUGUGCUCCUUAAUGAGGAAUGGGAGACCCUUUGGGCGGCUGGUGUUCAGUUCCCUCUGCUGGAUGACCCAAUGGUGGCAGAAGUACUUACCCUUCGCGAAGCAAUCCGCUGGUGUAUAACGCAGGGUUUGGUGUCAAUGAGGUUUGAAGGCGACGCCAAGGUGGUCAUUGAGAAGCUUUGUCAGGCUGAUGUGCGUGAUAGUCGGAUUGGGGCUAUUUUGGAGGAGAUUCUGCAGGUUUUUACGAUUUAUCCGGGCUUCAUUGUACGAUUUGUAGGUCGGGGUAGCAAUAGGGUAGCUCACAGUGUAGCUAGACAGGCCCUGUCUUUGUUCCCGACUAUGUGUCGUUAUUUUGAAUUUCAGGCCUGACUGAAUUCCAGGAUGUAAUUAUGGAUUUGUUUCUAUCAAUAUAUGAUUAUGUUUUGUAAAAAAAUAAAAAAACUAAUAAUUGGAUUUGUGAGCAUUGAUUGGAUGAAAACAAAUGAUGAAAGCAUGCAACAAAACAGCUAGAUUUGCAAAAUUAGCUAGGCCCCUCUCUCAAUAAUUGUUCGUUUGUUCUUCAUUCUCUUUGGGUGAAAUGUUUUGGGGUAAAUCAUGACAACAAAUGAUGCCACAAAUGUUUUGAAAACUUUAAGCAAAUAAUUACCCCGCACGAAUAUACAGUGAGAUUUCCUUGUAUUUUGUAUAAAUGUCGAUGACGUUCGUGUAAAAAUGAAAAAUACUCAAUGGUCUAAUCCAUGUAUAUACAAUUAUACAUAUGUAAAAAAAGAAAAUGAUGGCGAAAAUUGUAAAAUUUAUGAGUAUAGAGUAAAAUUAUUAUGACUGUUAUUUUCAUGGGAUGAUUACGAUAUAUAAUUGGGGAAUUUUAAAAUUCAUUUUGUAGGCAUAAUUUUAGUUCAUUACUAGAACUUCAAUUACCAUACCAAGCCUUAGUUUUCCACCACUUUUCCCCUCAUUUUCUUGGUUUCAUUAUCUUAUGUUCAUCAUCCACACUGAUAGUUUAUUAACCAAAUACUUGCUACCCAUUUGACUUUGUCCUCUUCUUUAACGACUUUUAUUACAACUUUUUUUUUUAAUCUCUCAACAUAAAUUUAGAAAUCAGAAAUCCAUUACAUAGAUGAUUGGUAUUGCUUCCCAAAUCAAGGACGAAUAAUUAAAAAAUCCGAAUGUAUUUCUAAAAAUAAGGAAACAGUAAACGCGAUACAACUUAUCGACAAAAUUUUGAAUACGAUUGACGAGUUCUUCAACCACAUUAAAUGCACAACUUUCUGUAAAUAGUGAGAAUUAACUCCAUAAUUUAUAAUAAAUUUAACAUCUCACGCUAAAAUUCAUUCUUCACUCUCUAAACUACGACAUCUCUAUUGUUUGAAAUUCGAAGCACCUACAAAUCAUAAAACUUGCCUCUCUUGUGAUUCAACCGGUCGAACCCUAACCUUUCACUAAUACUUUUGAGUUGAAGCAAUAAUAUAACAAGGGAAAUGCUAGCUUCUUUGUUGGUUGUUGUUUGUAUAUUUGAACACCUCGAUCUCAAUUCAUGCUUUGUACCAUCUUAAAGGGCGACUAAUCCCUGAAUUCGAGGGUGAUUUCCACUAAACAAUUAAUUAAGGGCACUAGUUGAUCUUAAUCCCCAAUCCCAUUAGACAAAAUGAUGAGAUCCUUGCCGACCUUAGGGGCUAAAUCAACCACUUCUGGGAUUUGGAGGUAAAUUGAAUGUUGGAAUUGAAAUCGCCUUUCUCAUACCACCACACACAAAUGCUGUCUUUUUUUUAAUGUAUAGGGGACUCUUGGUCCAUGAUUCUUAAAAUGAUAAGUAGGUCGAUCUUGAAAUUUGUUAUACUUUUCUCGAAGAUGGCUCGUAAAUUUCGCAACCUUUUUAAAACCAAAUUUGAUUUUAACGUUGACAAAAUUUAUUGUUAGAUAUGAGAAUGUGAGUCUCCCUCUUAUCCAAGUGAAACUUCUUUUAAUCAAUUACAGGUACUUCAAACAACUUUCGAUCGGAGUUGCUGACUCAGCCAACUAAAUCAGAUUAGAUUAUAUAGUAAGAAACUUAGAAUGUCUUUCUACUCAUUUGAAAAUGAGAUUUAUAAAUAUGUGAUAUUUGGAUAACCGAGAGAUUUAAGAACAUGUGAGACUUAAGGGGUCGUUUGAAAGUUGUGAUUAUUUAAAUUGAUGAAAUCUAUCAAUAUGUGCAUUCUAAGUUGAUGUUUUGCUUGAAUGGUUGUAUUUGGAAAAUCUCUUGUUUCGAGGUGUAGAUUGUGCUUUUCACAUAUCUAAAAAGGUAAUAUACUUUUUCGGUUUAA